AUGGCAAAGCCAACUCCCUCUGUGGGCCUGGAUCUGAGUGCAGUUACAGAAAGAGUGAGUGCGGGAAAUUCAUUGCUUUUCCUAUUUCUCACUGAUACGGAGCGUCUUAGUGAGGGAACCAGCAAAGACAUCAUCGAUCAAGAUCCAGAAUGGAUCGCCCUUCUGUCGCUGCCACUAACCCUCGCGCUGCAGCAGCAGGCGACCGAUGGCAGAACUGAAUGUGGGCAGGAGCUGUGUGCGCGCAGCCCUGGGCACCAAGUGCGGGACUGCAUUCAAAAAACACUGAGUGAAUGGAGCACAAAGAUUGGACAAGAUCUAAAUCAGGAAGCACUGGAGGUUCUGGAAUGUACUGUAGCUCAAGCUAUUGAAAAAAUAAACCCUGAAGAAAGAGAUGAGUUGAAAGUGUCAGCAAAACUUUUCAUCGUUGGAUCAAACUCUGCAUCAAUCAGAGAUGCAGUUGGCAUGGCAUGCUCUGCACUGGGAGUUGCUCAGUUAGAUUCUGUCAUUAUCGCCCCACCUCCUAUUGAAGAUGGAAUUAGCCUCUCCUUGGAGUAUUUACAACCGUAUUGGCAAGAGCUCGAAAAUCUAGUUCAAAACAAAAAGAUUGUUGCCAUAGGUACCUCUGACUUAGAUAAAGUACUGUUAGAGCAGCUGUAUCUAUGGGCACAGGUGAAACCAAGUAGUAACCAGGUAAAUCUAGCUUCCUGUUGUGUUAUGCCCCCUGACCUCACAGCAUUUGCGAAACAAUUUGACAUACAGCUAUUAACUCACAAUGAUCCAAAAGAAUUGCUCUGUGAAGCAAGUUUCCAAGAAGUUCUCCAGGAAAGCAUCCAGACCACGAAAGCCCACGAAUGGAUUCCUCUAUGGCUUCUCCGGUAUUCGGUCAUUGUUAAAAGCAGAGGAAUUAUCAAGUCCAAAGGCUUUAUCUUACAGGCUAAAAGAAAUGCCUCUUAAAACACUUCCUCAUUUUUACAAUAACUUGCUGUUUUAACUUCUUGGGGACAAGGGGAACAUUGCUG